AGUGCAACCCUGCGCCAGCUCCCUGCACCCGGCCCCAUGGCGCCGCGGCCGCUGGGCCCCUUGGUGCUGGCGCUGGGUGGCGCGGCGGCCGUGCUCGGCUCGCUGUUCUUCAUCCUCUGGAAGGCCUACUUCGGCCGCGGGCGGCAGCGGCGCUGGGACCAGGGCGAGGCCUGGUGGGGCGCCGAGCCGGCCCGCCUCCCCGAAUGGGACGAGUGGGAACCCGAGGACGAAGACGAGGAGGAGGAGCCGGCGCUGGAGGAGCUGGAGCAGCGCGAGGUGCUGGUGCUGGGCCUGGAUGGCUCGGGCAAAAGCACAUUCCUGCGUGUGCUGACCGGGAAGCCACCGCUCGAAGGCCACAUCCCCACGUGGGGCUUCAACUCGGUGCGGCUGCCCACCAAGGACUUCCAGGUGGACCUGCUGGAGAUUGGUGGCAACCAAAACCUGCGCUUCUACUGGAAGGAGUUUGUGAACGAGGUGGACGUGCUGGUGUUCAUGGUGGACUCGGCAGACCGGCUGCGGCUGCCCUGGGCCCGUCAGGAACUACACAAGCUGCUGGACAAGGACCCUGACCUGCCUGUCGUCGUGGUGGCUAACAAGCAGGACCUGAGCGAGGCCAUGAGCGUGGUGGAGCUGCAGCAGGAGCUGGGCCUGCAAGGUGUCGAUACACAACGGGAAGUUUUCCUCUUGGCAGCCAGUGUAGCUCCGGCAGACCCUAGCUUCGAAAAUCCUGGCACCGUGCACAUCUGGAAACUGCUCCUGGAGCUUCUCUCCUAGGCUGGAGCCCACCCACCUGCUCCCCCCUACCCAGCCCUGGGGACCACACGUCAGCUGCUGCUGUUUCUGCUUCUUCAUCACCAGCUCGGCCGGGAGCCUGGGAGCCCAGGACACUUUCCCUUCUUCUUUCCCUCCGCCAAGAGCAAGGCCAAGAACCACAGAGAGAAGCCCUCCUGCGGCCCUGAGGCUGAAGUAGGGCGAUGAAGAAGCACAGCGCUGGGAGAGCAGAGUGCCUGGCUCGUUCUAGUUGCCAACACAGCUCAGCCUCCCGUUUGAGUUGCCCGCUGGGCUCCAGGCUCCCCACCUUGCAGGUCCCAGCAGUGGGAGAAGCAGCAGAGGUUGUCAGAAGGCCUCCUGGAGCCUGGAGGUCUCCUGGUUCUAGACCACGCCCUCCUGCUGCCUUCCUGCCUUCCCUCCCUCCCACCCGCGGGCAGGCUCUGGCCAUCGCCGUGCAACGAGCCCUUGCUGCCAGUCCCGUACCACAGUCCUCCCUGCUCUGCCAAGUGGCUUGUGGCCUUCCUCUUGCCAUCUCUGCCUCUCUGGCCCUAGGGCCGUCAUCGCUCAAGGAAGGGAAUUCCCAUUUUCCCUUAACUUGGAAGAAAUGUAUUUCCCAGCAAUGCUAGGAAGAACCCGAAGGCCCCAGCUGGGAGCUUUUGGGAGAGCUCCCCUGCUUCUCCUUGAGCCAAAGCCUGGCAGGUCCUGCCAGCCUCCCCGGCUACAGGAGUGAGGGGAGGCCACCCCGCCUUUGCACCCACCCUACCUGGAGACAAAGCUGCUGCCAGUUCCAUGUUUACACGGAGUCC